GCCCCAAUGCGCCUUCAUUUGCGCGCCACCUCCACCCCGCCCGUCUAUAAGUGGCUUCCAACCGCUCCUGAUCCCGGUGAAGCGCGUGUGAUAGAGCGAAACAGGGAGAAGGAAGCGGAGGCCAUGGAUUCCGAUGAUGGAGGAGGUCACGAAAGGCCUUCCCUGGCGAUGCCCACUCCGGAAUCUCUGGUUCUUCUUCGAGAAGGGAUCUCUCUCGUCCUCUCCCAGUGGACGGCGCUGCAAAUGGCGGUCCGAAACGAGUGGGGCGGGAGGGAUUCCGGCCGGAAAUCGGAGGAGCUCGCCUCCACCCUCCUCUCCUGGUUCUCCCAAUCCAGAACUCGACUUUAUGUUGAUGAUUUGGAAAAUAUACUUGACGAGAACAUGGUGCUCUCUUUCAAUACAACUAUUGAGGAUGGCAGCGUUGAGGAGAUUGCAGAGCAAUUGAUGAUUAUGCAUGAAGACUGCCUUCAGGGAAACUAUGACUCGAUCGAAAAGCUCAAGUUGAUUCAUGUGAAACAUGCUGUUUCUCAGAGUAGACAGGUUAAUCAUGCUAUAGGUGAAAGAUCAGAAUGAAGAAGAAAGUUAAAAUUAGGAUGAGCCGAAGCCCAAAGAGCUGGCCUGGAGAUACGCCAAAGUUGGUAUUGCCAUACAAAAAGGUUAAGAUUAUAAGAGACUUUGGGUGUGAUAAUGUAUCAUGAAAGUAUGAUUCUGUUUCAUUUAUGAGAUAACUGCUUUUGCUUCAUCUUUGGCUAUUGUUUUACUAUGGGUUUUUACCCUAUUCUCUUGUUGAUGUUAUAUUGGUUGAGGCAACAAAAUUUAUAAUCAUGUAUUUUAUAAGAAAUUUGUUCAAUAUUACAUUCCUUACAGAUUUAGAAA